UAUGGCGCUGCUGCUAGUGUUAUGAGAUGACAACAUCGCAGUUUGGAUCGUGUUUGUCACCAUUCAUGUUAAAUACUACAUCAAAUAAUUACGCCAAAGUUCAAGAAUCAUUAAAUAUCGUGAUUUGGAUUUUAUUUUAUCAAAAGACGUAGUGCGGAUACCCCUUAUCUCCAUUAUGUACGUUCUAAUGCGUCCCUGACACAAGUACCUUUUGUGAAAAUGGCGGGUGUGUUAUCGUUAUGGUUUCUGUUUUCAUUUUGAAAUACUUUAAGAAGUGUUACAUUUAUAGCGAGAUAUUAUUGUGUAUGUGAAAAUUUUAAGUUUAAUGGAAGUCGGCAUUAUGGACUGAUAAUAUUUAGUAGUUGGAUAGGGCAGUCUCUAAGUUGAUGCAGGUGUUAUCGUUUUUAAUGAAAUUAUAUCAAUAUGUCGCGUUGGGGCAGAGGAAGAAGUGGCAGCGUAGCUGUGCCACUUGAUAGUGCUUUAUUUAGAGAAAAUUCCAACUGCCCAACAGCUGCGCGCUCUGCAGGGACUGUUGGUAAAUGGGGAAUUACAAGUUUUACAUCAAUAAGGAAUGCGCCUUAUGCUUAUCAGCAAAGUGCUGUAAAGAAGCCAGUACAGGAUCAAAAUAGUCCACUGACAGUGCCUGCUGUGGAAACAGAACAACCUCCUCCUAAGCCUAAGAAGUUUUUUAAGUCACGCAACACAGAAUUAUAUCCACCUGUGCCACAGAUAACUUAUGCUCCUCCUGUACAUCCCACACCACUUUCUCCUGAACAUUCAACUGCUAAAGAGAAGAAACCAGCAAAGAGAAGUAGGCAUAACAGAGAUUCAUCAUCACCAGAACUACCUCGACGUAAUUCUGAAAAAUCAAGAGGCAAAAAGCAUACAGUUACCACUAAGGCUGCUAAGAAAGAAGAUUCUUCUGUAGAAAAUACCCAGCCUCCUAAUAAACGUUAUUUGGUUAGAAAUCGUGAUAAAGUUAUAAAUUAUGCAGAAGAUGGUAGCAAUAGUCCAAUCCCUGAAUUUACCAGGUAUGAGCCAUUGCAACCCAAAACUCCAACAACCAAAGCAAGUCCGCUUAUAUCCCCACCAUCUCCUAAGUCUGAGAUAAAAUCUGAGCCUUCUGCAAAAACUGAGGCAGCCAGCCCAUCUACUAGUAAGGAUAGCAAUGAGGAACGUAAGCCACCACCUAUUGUACUUAGAAUAUCAAAAGGCACAUCUAGAAUUGUUAGCACAGACUCUAAUGAAGGAUUUACUUCACCAGGAUCUGAUCGCCACUCAUCUAUGGACAACCACUCUGAUUUAGGCUUAGAUCACAAAAAGAGUCCUUCAAUGGAAGCUAUCUGUUCACCACGACAAGAAGGCCUAAAGAUAACUAUUAAAUGUUCAAGCUUUAUUCAAGAGACAAAAAAAGAAAAGAAAAAGGAUAAAAAAGACAGUCAUAAACAUAAAAAACAUCAUAGAAUAUCAGAGGAUGAUUUGCCUUUAAAAAGACCUUGUUCACCUCAACCAGGGUCUGAUGCAUAUGACCUUUAUAAGACACUUGCAUCUCCAAUACAUGAACCAGAAAAGAAACCAGAAGUGCACAGUAAGGAUAAGGAACUAGAUGUUAUUGAAUCCCAAUUAGCUAAGCUAGAUUCUUCUGUUCAAGAAAGUAUAGAAAUAAAAGAACCACAACCUGAGCCAAAGCCGCCCGAGAGCUCUAGAGGAAGGUCAAGGAGAAAUAGGCCCAAUAUUAAUUAUAAUGAGAAUGAUGAUGAUGUCUACAAUAUUGCAGUUGGUAUUUCUAAUAAAUCUGUGACAAAGACUGUUGGUGAUAUUAAAAGAGAAGCCAGGAAAACCAGGAGAAGGCCAGAAAUACCCUUAGAAACUGCUUUACCUGCUGUAAUAUCUGAAGAGAGAGAAGGUGAUAAAUCAACUGAUGCCCCAUUAGAGCAUAAUGACCUUAUUACCAUACUAUCAGGUGAUACAAAAUCUGACACCAUUAAAUUAAAAGUAAAUAAAAAACAAAUGAAUAAAAUUAAACUUUUAAGUCCAUCAAGUGAAAUUGUUGAUAAUAAUGUACCUGAUGAAGUAAAUGUAGACAACAAUGAAAGAAUGGAAAUGCAAGAAGCAGUAGAGAAUCAGUUAGAAUGUGAUGUCCUACUACAAACUCAUACCCCUUCAUCAGAUUCUGCAUACAAUAGCUGCCCUAAUGAAUUAUCUGAAGAAGAAAUACAAAAACAACCACAGGAUGUGUUCAAAUCUCCUCACUCUGAGGAAAAUGUUGAAGAAAAGCCAAGUGUUAAACUUGUAAUAACAAAGAAAAAAGGUUCUAUAUUUAAGAGCAAACAAUUAGGUAAUGAUAAUAACCCUUCACCACUGCCUGCAAGAAAAAGAAGACAUCUCUACAAACAUGCAUGGGCAAAUGAGAAAGGAAAUGAAACACCACGACCAGAACAGGCUGAGUCAACAGUAGCACAGAAUCCAGUUGCAGAAGUUUCUGAAGAACUGACAAGGAUUACAAGAUAUGGACCAAAUGAUGAUCUUAUCAGUGACACACUGUCCAUUGAUGCUGUUAAACCUUACACCAGUGUGAGAUGUGCUAAGGAUGCUAAAGAAUAUUACACAGUUGUCAGAAAUGUAAAAAAAGCCCAUCAAAUACAAGAAAUAGGAGAGUUUCAGGAGUUUAAUGAUGAUGUGGAAUUCCUUUUGGAUGCUUUACAAGACAACAAUCCAAUGUCGACGCGAUGCUUGUCGGCUAUCACACUGGCUAGUAAGUGUACUGCGCCCGCGUUUCGUAUGCAUUUACGAGCGCACGGCACAGUGCAGAAAUUUUUCAGCGCAUUGCACGAUGCUACAAAUGAUCAGAGUCUAGGUCUAUGUACAGCUACUGUGAUGUUUGUACUCUCACAAGAUCGUCUCAACAUGGAUCUUGACAGGGAAUCACUUGAACUUAUGUUGAACUUACUAGAGUCUGAUGUAUCUCACAAGGAUGCAUUAGAUGACUGUGGUUUAACAUCAGCUCAGCUCACAAAGACACAAGAGAGGGUUCGGGAGUUAUGUGCAGAAAUUAAGAAUCAAGGGAAAGCUCAACAUUUAGAUCUAGAUAAUAUAACCGUUGGGCACCUGGCAAUGGAAACAUUGUUGUCAUUAACAUCUAAACGCGCCGGGGAAUGGUUUAAAGAAGAGUUACGGAACCUGGGAGGAGUGGAUCAUAUAGUACGGACUAUUCAAGAUUGUGCAGAGAAAUUACAAUCACCAGCAAGUUCAUGGACAAGUGUGCAAAUUGAUAUACUGAGGAAGGCAGAUAGAUGUAUGCGGGUACUGGAAAAUGUAACACAACAGAACGAAGCGAAUCAGCAGCAUCUGGUGAGUGGUAAUUUGGGCGCAGCGCGGACGAUGGCCGGGUUACUGCGGCGCUGCGUGAGCGAAGCACGAUGCCAGCCGCGUCUGCGGCCCGCGCUGUUGGACGCGGCGUUACCCGCAGUCAAGGUGCUGGUCAACCUGUCCCACUGCGCUGCAGUCUUCACCGCUGACACCCCAUCGUCAUUGGGCGCACAAGUAGUGGGAGAGCAACCCUCAGUGAUGGAGAUGUGUCUUAUUAUGUUAAAUAAUCAGGAUAACUUCAUACCGGAUAGUAAAAACUUUGACUUCAGUGUCUGUGUGUUAAUGUUGUUGAUCAAUCUUGUCCAAAACAACGAUAUCAACACACAGAGGCUGCUCAGCGUGAGGAUACGUAUCGAUAAUGAACAUGAUAUCAUAUCGAGGAGUGUCUCCGCUUUGGACCUGAUUGUCGAUCUCUUCUACAAACGAGUUGAACUAGCGAGGCGGGCAGAAGAAAACACAGAUGCCUUAUUGGAUGGUGAAAAGGAUGAAGCAGAUAGUGAUAAGAAGAAACAACAGGAUGACAUCGAUGAAACUGUUGCUAAAUUGCUGGCCCGCGCGGGCACCCACAUGGAGCACACCAUGGUGGGCGCGUACCUGGCGCUGCUCGUGGGCAACAUGGCGGUGGUGUCAGCGACGCACGCGGCCGCCGUGCGAGCGCACGUGCCCGCAUAUGCGCCGCUCUUACCCACGCUGCACAAGUACUACACGUUCUUGUCGCUGACUGCCAGUGCGGAAGCGGCGAUUGUUGCGCACGUGAAAUCUACACAGCGCAUAAUACAGUUUAUGGAGAGCUGCGACAAGGAGAACGGGCCGGUGGAACAGCCGAAACCUGCCGCCCCAUAUACCUCCACCUCCAACUACAAUAACUACUACCAGACCUCCCCCUCCGACGUGCCGCAGGACAUGUCGCUGAGCAGCCUCAACUAUAUGAACUAUAGCACUAGCUCCGACAGGAUAUCAUCCUUGGAAGUAGACGGAUACCACUGAUUGAGGUAAACAGGCCACGAAUACACAACAUAUGCAGAUAGAAGAAUCUUAUUCAAGUUGGAGGAAUAUCAUUAUGUCUCUCGGAGUAUUUAACCAAAUGGAUGACUCACGUUGCUUAACAGUAUGUUUAUAUUAAUAUGAAAACCCCGUGAAAACAAUAUAUUAUUAUUUCAUUAAAAUUGUUAAACUGUGAACUCAUUUUAUUUUAUAUAUGUACUUACAUUUAAAUAAAAUACUUUUUUAAUGGAUAAAAAUACAUGUUGUUUUGUUAGACUAAUAAUAUUUAUUUAUCCUGACUGCUACUUAAUUACAUAAUAUUUAAAAGUAUUUCAAUUUAUCUGUUUACUUACUUUUAUUUACUAAAAAAUUUAAAAAUUAUAAUUUUUCUUUGCAUGUCUCUGUUUGAGUAAAUACUCCCAGUUAUUUGUUUAAAAGUGUCUUAUUUAAUAUAAUAUCUGGUUAACUGUACUGAAAAUGCCUUUUAAAAUAUACUAAUUAACUUGCUGUAAAGAUAAUCAGUGUUAUGUAAUGAUAAUUGUAUACAUGAAUUUAUAAAUUAACAAUUAAACUUAAUUCAGAUUGUCUUUUUCUUGCAUCGGUCUGUAUGAUCGCGCUUAAACGCGUAGCAAGACCCUUUUUUAUGAUAUAAAUUAUGGUCUUGCUAUGCGCAAGAAAAUUUGAACUGUUAAAAUAAAAGUAUUUCUAAGAAAAACUGAACUUAAUAGUUGGUUUUUAACACAGUUUAUCAAUCAACUAUUAAUUUUACCUCAACCCAUGUGAAAUUCAAAAGAAAUAUAUUUUAUUUAUUAUGUACUUUUCUAAUAUUAAUGUUUGGUUCCAAUGUUGUAUCAUGUGCGCAUGACAAGAGAUUAAUAUUAUCUUGUAAAUAUAAAGUACCUAGUGUAUAGUUGAUGACAUGCCAUUGUUACUGGAUAAGUUUCAAUAGAAUGAAUUGUUGCGUCGUUUUAGUACCUCAUAUGUUGUAAUACUUCACCUUCGACACAGUUGUAUAUAAAUCAAUUAGAUAGUCGAGUAAAUGGAGGUGGGUUAUGAUCUUAAUUAAAUUGAGAUAUUCCGAGUUUAAGCCAUUGAGCUGGCAACAUUAAAGUGCAAAGAUAGUCGUUAAGUGUACAUUAUAUGAAUUUUGUUACGUGAGCACUUUUUGUAUAGUUUUUGAGAGUUGAUUGACGAUUAUUCGUGAUCAAGAGGCACAAUUCCUUGUAUAUAAACAGUAGUUAGAUAAUUAGAUUGGUAUGUAUUGUAUCGGGCUCGUUCUAGAGAGUUGUAUUGUAUCGCUGGACGGAGGGCAUAAAUAUAUCCAAGUGUACAAAUGCUGUUAAUUACAUCAGAGACGCUUUAUUACUAAUAAAUAGUAUAUAAAAUGUGACUUUAAUUCAAUUUUUAUUCAAUUCGAAACCGCCUGACUAGUAGAGAUCACAAACGUUCGCCGUCUCGAUGGAACAAAAUGUAGAGUUUUUAUUGAGGUUGAAGUAAUUUGCUUUAAAAUAAUUGACACUAUUGUUGAAUAUUGCGUCAGUUUGCGUUAGUUGCUAGGUUGUUAUAGGUCGGAUAGCCUUUAUGAGUAGCUUAGAAUUGAAAAGUUAACAGAGAGAGCGAAGAGAUAAUCUUUAUAACAUUUGAGUAAUGUUUAAACUUAGGUAAUAAAAUUUAUAAAUUUACAUAUUUGAUAUCACAGUUUUCUUUAUUUUUAUCUUGUUCAUCAUAUGAACGAUAGCUUUAAUAGCUCUCAACAAUUUUUUUUAUAACCACAAUGGGUAUAUUACGUUUUCUUAUUUAAAGUUGUCUUGAAUGGGAUUAUAAAAGUGUUUGUAAUCUAUAGUUGGCAGCUAAACAUUGCUCAGCACCUCUUAUAGUAAAAUGAAACUUUGAGCGUAUAGCUUAUAUGCCUUGAAAUACCCUAAUUUGUUUCAAUAUAAUCAAGCCAGUAGUGUGGUUAUAAUAAUUUUCGUAUCCGUUCAUUUAAAAAUAUCGUACGUCGCGAAAUGGCCGCCUGACGUCAUAACAUUGCACUCCGCCAAGAGGACUCUAUAAGUGUAGUGUAGUGACGUCACUCGCUUCACAGCCUGUCUAACAAUUUAGUUAUUCAUUUAGGUAAAAAAUCAAUAUUUUAUGAUAAUUUUCAUUCAAACUAAACUUAUUAAGUGGUAUGGUAUACUAAUGUUUCAUUUGCACCAUUCAUUUGCUAUAUGUCUGGUGUUGAGCAGUAGUCCCUACUAUCCUUUACUAUCAAGAGUCCCAGUCUGUCCUCUUACACCACUUUAAAAGCCACUUUUACAGUGACAGUAAUUCUUCAAACAAGGUCAUGCUUUUUUCAUUCAAUUUUAAGAAAGAUAAGUAAUAUGGAGGCACUUUACUUAAUCUAUACAAUAUUUUAUAUAUGAAUAUAAUCAAUUGUUCUGUAUUGCGGACAUUCAAGUCGGGAUUAAAAUAUUUAGGUACAAUUUUAAAGAAAGAAUAUUUUGGAGAUAUCUUUUUUAUCGAUAACUUAGCUUCUAGUUAAAUUAUUUAAGUCGGUAUCAAAUUCUCAUACAACCAAUAUUAUUUUGUGUAAAUAUCUUGUGAUUUGUGUAGAUUUUGGUCGGCCACACUAUAAUACCAAUAUAGAGCCUGUGUUUGCUCUGAUGCACCCGCUACUAAAAUAUUUAUAUGGAAAAUUAGUUCCACCUGGGACCACCAGGGGCGCUGCACGGUUUUUCAUACAAAUAUUUUCCGCUAGCGGCUAUAUGAAAGCAAACCUAAGCUUUUUUUAUGAGUCACAAUAGAACAAAAUUUUUAUUCAGUACUGAUAAAUAUUAAGCCGACCGGGAUUAUAACAAUGUAUAGUGUUCGUAUAUCUAAAUUAUAUUCUACGUAAUUUAUUAUAGUCUUAUUUAAUUCUCUUUGUACGCAUUUCGUUGUCCUAUGUACUGAUAUGUGUUUAUUAUGUUGUUAGCUUGUCACGAGAGUUUGAUAUCAUGAGAAAUUAUUAUUGUAAAUGUAACGUGUAAUUAUGUUUUAAAGUAUUACAUGUAAUUAUUAUUAAAACAAGGACAAUUA